CCGCCGCCCCUCCUCGCGCGAGCUCCACCCAGGUCGCAGGCAGCGCGGUCGGCGGCGCCUAUUUCCCGCCAUUGUGCGAAGUGGAGGCUGGGGGCCCGCACGCGCCGCCUGCCCGUGGCCAGCUGCUCCUUGGCUGCUGCCGCCACAGCCGCCGUUCCCUGAGGCGCGGGCAGGCCGGGCGGCCCGCGCCCCGAGGCUCGCCGUGCGUGGGAGGGCGCGGGCGACGAGCGGCCGAGCCCCCGAGGAGGAGCCGCGGCGCGGGACGCCGGGCCGCGCCGGCCCCGGCCCGUCGGCGAGAUGCCCUGUGGGGAGGAUUGGCUCAGCCACCCGCUCGGGAUCGUGCAAGGUUUCUUCGCCCAAAAUGGAGUUAAUCCUGACUGGGAGAAGAAAGUAAUUGAAUAUUUUAAGGAAAAGCUGAAGGAAAAUAACGCUCCAAAAUGGGUGCCAUCAUUGAAUGAAGUUCCCCUUCAUUACUUGAAACCUAACAGUUUUGUGAAGUUUCGCUGCAUGAUUCAGGAUAUGUUUGACCCUGAGUUUUACAUGGGAGUUUACGAAACGGUUAACCGAAACACAAAAGCACGUGUCCUUCAUUUUGGAAAAUACAGAGAUGUAGCAGAGUGUGGGCCUCAACAAGAAGUUGAUUUAAACUCUCCACGAACUACCACAUUGGAAAGACAAACUUUCUAUUGUGUUCCAGUGCCUGGGGAAUCUACGUGGGUAAAAGAAGCCUAUGUGAAUGCAAACCAAGCUCGAGUCAGUCCUUCAACGUCCUACACCCCCAGUCGUCACAAGAGGAGUUAUGAAGAUGAUGAAGAUAUGGACCUACAGCCCAGCAAACAGAAAGACCAGCAUGCGGGUGCCAGACAAGCAGGCAGUGUUGGUGGUCUUCAGUGGUGUGGAGAGCCAAAACGUUUAGAAACUGAAGCUUCUACUGGGCAACAGCUGAACUUCUUGAACUUCUCUUCUCCUUUUGACCUGAAUUUUCCACUGCCAGGGGAGAAGGGCCCUGCAUGCCUUGUGAAGGUCUACGAAGACUGGGAUUGUUUCAAAGUAAACGAUGUUCUUGAGUUAUAUGGCAUUCUGUCUGUGGAUCCUGUGCUAAGUACACUGAAUAAUGACGAAAGGGAUGCUUCUUCGCUCCUGGAUCCAAUGGAAUGCACAGACACGGCUGAAGAGCAGCGAGUGCACAGUCCUCCUGCCUCGUUAGUGCCAAGAAUCCAUGUGGUUUUAGCCCAGAAGUUGCAGCACAUCAAUCCUUUACUGCCUGCUUGCCUUAACAAGGAGGAGAGCAAAACCUGUAAGUUCAUUUCAGGUUUCAUGUCCGAACUGUCUCCCGUCCGGGCAGAGCUGCUUGGUUUCCUCACGCACGCCCUUCUGGGAGACAGCCUGGCCGCCGAGUACCUUAUCUUACAUCUCAUCUCCACAGUAUAUACAAGAAGAGAUGUUCUUCCACUGGGAAAAUUCACAGUUAACUUGAGUGGUUGCCCGCGGAAUAGUAGCUUCACAGAACACUUAUACCGAAUUAUUCAACAUCUUGUUCCAGCAUCUUUUCGCCUGCAGAUGACUAUAGAGAACAUGAACCAUUUGAGAUUCAUCCCCCACAAGGACUACGCAGCCAACCGCCUCGUCAGCGGGCUCCUCCAGCUCCCCAGCAACACUUCCCUUGUGAUCGAUGAGACUCUCCUGGAGCAGGGGCAGCUGGACACACCAGGUGUUCAUAAUGUGACUGCCCUGAGCAACCUAAUAACUUGGCAGAAAGUCGAUUAUGACUUCAGUUACCACCACAUGGAGUUCCCCUGCAAUAUUAAUGUUUUUAUCACUUCGGAGGGGAGAUCACUCCUCCCGGCCGACUGCCACAUCCGCCUGCAGCCGCAGCUCGCCCCACCCAACAUGGAGGAAUACACCAACAGCCUCCUGGCCGCGGUGCUGCCGUCCGUGCUCAACAAAUUCCGCAUUUAUCUGACCCUCUUGCGGUUCCUGGAUUACAGCAUUUCUGAUGAAAUCACCAAGGCAGUCGAAGAUGACUUUGUGGAAAUGCGCAAGAAUGACCCUCAGAGCAUCACCGCGGACGACCUCCACCAGUUGCUCAUUGUUGCUCGGUUUCUGUCUCUCAGUGCCGGUCAGACAACGCUGUCUAGGGAACGAUGGCUAAGAGCAAAGCAGCUAGAGUCUUUAAGAAGAACCAGGCUUCAACAGCAGAAAUGUGUGAACGGAAAUGAACUUUAAAGAUCUGACACUUAUGAGAGUAGUGGGCAAGUUGUAGCCACAUUAUUGUAAAAUUCAAAUGCCAUUUAUACCACAUUGUUUUGUAGAUAAUUUGUAUCAAAAACCAAUGACUUUUCCUGAAAUCAAGCCUGGUAACAUCUGAAGUUUAUAUAAUAUUCAGUAAGGGCUUUUACCUUACUGAUUUUAUGGAGCUUUUGAUUGUUUUAUAAUUAUAUAAAUUAGUAACAAUGUACAAAAAUGUAUUUGAUAUUAAAAGUUUAAUAUUGAUGAUGUUGCUGAUUAUACCAUUUCCUUAGUUUCAGCUAAGUCAUAGGCCAGACUCUGUUGAAAUGCUCAUGUCAACUUCAUUUGAAGAAAAUUGUUGGAAUUCCAAAGUCAGAAGGGUUGUUCGCUUCAGAUUUUUACAUCUUUCCGAUUAACGGUGGGUCUGAACGUGUUUAGUGGUCCAGGUUUGGGGAAUGGGGUGUACUUGCCAUUAAUUCACACGACCGUGUGAGAUUCUGCAGUAUCAUUUCCCAGACAUUUGGCCACAGAUUUUUUUUCCGCCACUUAACAGUUAAUAACCUACAAAAUUAGUCUUUUUACGUGGUAGUGGUUCCCAGACUUUUGGAUUUCAUGGACCAGUAAGGUUUCCAAAAAUUUGGGGGACAGGGUUGCCAAUAUGUUUUGCCAAGUAAUCUGAAAGAAACCCCUGUAUUGCCAUUUGUUUCUUCCUAAAAGGACAGUCUCCGAAGGAGAGUCCUUGAAAUGGAAUAAACACAGCUUUUUCAAAAACAAAAAACACUACAUUGUCCUUAUUUUUCACAUUUCACCCCGGUGCAUCUGGGAACCACUGUUUCAUGGGGUUUGUUUAGGGGAAUGCUGCUGGCCUGGGAUAGGAUGUCUUGCCCAGAUCUGAAGAGAGCAAACAGUUAACUUUUUAAAAGAUGCCUUCUGUAGAAAAUAAAGUUUUAAAUUGUUUUCCUAAUGGUUAUUUAGUUGCUUUGAUGAUUGUAUUGGAUUUUGAACUUUUAUCUAAGUUUCUCCAUUAGUUCCAGAUGAGUUAGUUCAACUAACAUUAUCUGCUAGUCCAGGAAUACCUGAUAAAGCUAUGGUAAGUUUGUCCCAGACCAAUUACAGUUGUAACAUGAAAGUUUUUAAACUAACAGAAAGCAGUUUAGUACAGUGUAGUAGGGAAACUGUGGUAUCAGAAAGGUUUGGCAAGUUUAGACCACUACUUUUGUUAGAAGCCAUCAGUGGUAACGUAUAAAGAUGGUUUUCUUAGGCAGCAACUUACAUAGUGGGAAAUGCGAGAGAUCAGGUAGAUAACUCCCGAAGUCUGCCCCCCACUCCAAAUUGACACAGCUAAACAAGGAAACAGGGUCUGCCUUGAAAACCAAGGAAUUCGUUAUGCUUAACUGAAGUGAAAAUUACUAGUUGUUUAACUUUUCCUAAACUCAAAUCUAUUUUUAUAAACUAAUGUAAAUAAUGUUUAUAUUUAGAAUUCUAACUGGUUUUCAUUUUUAUAACUGGUAGACUAGACUUCCUUAAAGUUUUAGAAAUGAAAUGAACACUCAACUGGAUCUUUGAGAAUAAAAUUCAAGAGCGUAGAUUAGUUACCAUGUGAUUACUGUGCCAAUGUGAACUGUAAUUUACCAAAGAGAAGUACAUGACUUGCUUGAUUUUGCAGAAAAGUUCCCCUGAAAGGAAAACCCUCUUUCAAAUAAAUAAAACUUCCCAAAUGACCAGUA